AUGUCUUUUAGCAUCACAGCUUCAUGCCCGAGGGCGACUGCUCGUCAGUUCCUCGUGGCCUCAAGAGCCUUUUCCACUUCGGCUCAUGCUCUCGAACAAGUUCCUCCCGAGUCUCCCUCAUAUAUCCGCUUGCCUACACCACCCCAGUCCGAAGAGAAAAAGCUCCCCCGGGUCAGAGGCCACCUCCCCGUACCUCGAGAGAUCUUCCCUCGCAUGGAGGGUGACCGCAAGAUUCGAGCCGAUUAUAUCAAGCAAACCGUUCCUAAGCCGGCCCACAAACAAAAACCCAAGAACGAGACGCAAGAAUGGAAGCAAGCAAUGGCCAACUCCCGUCGGCAGAACCUGGAAACUGGUUUGAAGGAACUUUGGGUACGAAGGAACCGUCGUGACGCUGCUCAGAACGAGCGCGUGAGCCACAAGUUUCUCGAGAACCACCGGGCUGUUAAAGCCCCAGAGCGAGAGGACGAUCGCCUUACCCGAAGCACAGUGCUGAAGGCAGUUUUGGACACCAAGACAUACCCUGACCCUGGACGCUUCGCUCGUGCCAAAGAAAGCCGCGUCAAAGUCAAGGCUAUUGAGGAAGCUAAGCGCGAGGCUCGCCGCGAUGCGUUGAUGGAGCUCUACAUCAAUGCCUCCAACUUCAUUGUCAACGAGAGUGAGCUCAAGGAAGAGAUUGAGACCAUAUUUGCCGAAGACUUCUUCCACAAGCAAGGCUUCGACAUCGGCCGAUAUGGUUCAGCCCAGAACACAUGGGACGUCUGGGGCAAGCCAACAUCGAUUGGCAACAUGUUGGAAACCACAACAGGAGUAUCAACCAAGAUUAUGGACUUUUACGAAACCGAGUACGACCGCUCCGUCAAGCGACAGAAGAGAAUUGCGGAGGAGUUCACUGGUGGAAAGAUGGAAUAG